AUGGCGUCCAAUGAGGGAUUUCUGACUGAAGGACAGAGGGAAAUGUUGAAAAUUGCUAGUCAAAAUGCGGAGAGUUUGUCGGCUUUAUCGUCUUCGCCCAAGUCACCUUCCUCCUUGCUUGCUGAUCAUCACAUCAAAGCUCCUGCUGGUGGUAAAGCUCAGACUGCUGGGAUUGCUGUGAGGCAUGUGCGAAGGUGUCACUCUGGGAAGUAUGGGCGGGCGAAGAAAGAUGGUGCUGGUGGUAAGGGCACCUGGGGAAAAUUGCUGGACACAGAAAUUGAUUCUCACAUAGACCGCAAUGAUCCAAAUUAUGACAGUGGAGAGGAACCCUAUCAGCUAGUUGGAACUACUGUUACUGACCCGUUGGAUGAUUUCAAGAAAGCAGUGGCAUCCCUAAUAGAUGAAUACUUCAGUAAUGGGGAUGUAGAUUUGGCAGCAUCUGACCUCAGAGAACUCGGCACAAGUGAAUAUUAUCCAUACUUCAUUAAGCGGCUUGUUUCCAUGGCAAUGGACAGGCAUGAUAAGGAGAAAGAAAUGGCUUCUGUUCUGCUUUCAGCAUUGUAUGCUGAUGUCAUUAGUCCCACACAGAUUAGGGAUGGAUUUUUUAUGCUUAUUGAAUCUGCUGAUGAUCUUGCAGUGGAUAUCUUGGAUGCAGUUGACAUCCUUGCUUUAUUCCUGGCACGUGCUGUUGUAGAUGACAUUCUUCCUCCAGCCUUUCUUGCCAGGGCAAGGAAAGCUCUUCCAGAAUCUUCCAAGGGAGUUCAGGUAAUCCUGACUGCUGAGAAGAGUUAUCUCUCAGCUCCACACCAUGCAGAACUUGUGGAAAGGCGAUGGGGUGGUAGCACUCACAUUACUGUUGAAGAAGUGAAGAAAAAGAUUGCUGAUUUACUUAGAGAAUAUGUGGAUAGUGGUGAGACACUUGAAGCCUGUAGGUGUAUACGUGAGUUGGGAGUUGCGUUCUUCCAUCACGAAGUUGUGAAGAAAGCUCUGGUACUUGCCAUGGAGAAUCCUUCGUCAGAACCUCUACUGCUGAAGCUAUUAAAAGAAGCAGCAGAAGAAGGACUAAUUAGUUCCAGCCAAAUGGUGAAAGGGUUUUCUAGAUUGGCAGAAGGUCUAGAUGAUCUUGCUCUUGAUAUUCCAUCAGCUAAAGCCUUGUUUCAGUCAUUUGUCCCCAAGGCAAUCUCUGAAGGAUGGCUUGAUGCCUCCUUUACCAAUCCAGCUGGUGAAAAUGGGGAAUUCCAAGUUGAAGAUGAGAAGGUGAGGAAGUACAAAAAGGAAGCUGUGACUAUAAUUCAUGAGUACUUUCUCUCUGAUGACAUUCCUGAACUCAUUCGAAGUCUAGAAGAUCUGGGAGCACCUGAGUAUAACUCAGUAUUUUUGAAGAGGCUAAUAACACUUGCUUUGGACCGAAAGAACAGAGAAAAGGAGAUGGCAUCUGUCCUACUAUCUGCUCUUCAUAUAGAGAUAUUCUCAACGGAGGAUAUAGUUAAUGGUUUUGUCCUGCUUCUGGAAAACGCAGAAGAUACGACACUGGAUAUACUGGAUGCUUCCAAUGAGCUUGCACUUUUUUUAGCUCGGGCUGUGAUUGAUGAUGUGCUUGCCCCAUUGAAUUUGGAUGAAAUUAGCAGCAGGCUACCACCAAAAAGCAGUGGUAGUGAAACUGUGCGGAUGGCUCGAACACUUGUUUCUGCUCGCCAUGCAGGUGAAAGGCUAUUGAGAUGCUGGGGUGGGGGAACUGGAUGGGCCGUGGAGGAUGCUAAGGACAAGAUCAUGAAGCUCUUGGAGGAGUAUGAAAGUGGCGGGGUUGUCAGUGAAGCAUGCCAAUGUAUCCGUGACUUGGGAAUGCCUUUCUUUAACCACGAGGUAGUGAAGAAAGCCUUGGUUAUGGCCAUGGAGAAGAAGAAUGACAGGUUGCUAGAUCUGCUGCAGGAAUGCUUUAGUGAAGGCCUUAUCACCACCAAUCAGAUGACUAAAGGGUUCACCCGAAUUAAGGAUGGUCUUGAUGAUCUGGCUCUCGACAUUCCAAAUGCAAAGGAAAAAUUUGCUUUCUAUGUGGAGCAUGCCCAGACCAAGGGCUGGCUUCUACCAUCAUUUGAUCCCUCUGCCACAGAUGUCUAA